UAGCCUGAUAACUUUGUUUUACAAUUGACUCUCUAGCGAGAUUUGGAUAUCAACACAUACCUACAUCCUUUGAUUUGAAUACACUUCUUGUCGGCUUUAAACGGCAUGGAUGGAUCGUAUGAACCUUCAAUAUUUGAUAUUGGUUUGGUGUCCCAAAGUUCGAUAAAUGGAAGUGACUGUAAUGAAAUGCAAUAUAAGGGAGUUCGGUAUGAUAAGUUGUCUACAGAAGAUCUUAAAGGGCAGGAGUUUAAGACUGUGGAGGAAGCUGAGUCAUUUUACAAUGCUUAUGCAAAGGCCAUGGGUUUUGAUGUUAGAAGCGACUACAAGAGAUUAAGUAUACGCAUAACAGGGAGAGUCACUUCAUUGCGGUUGGUUUGUUCUGCUCAAGGGAAAAGAAGAGAAGAGUACAUGAGUAACAAGAAAAGAGUUCGCAAGCCAAAGAAAGAAACAAGAUUCAAUUGUCCAUGCUUGUUCAAAGUAAGGUACCGUUCGAAUAUUAAUGCCUAUAUUGUUGAAGAUUUCAUAACGAUCCACUCACAUCAGCUUGCACAAGCACAUGAGUCGCAUCUUCUUCAAUCACAUAGAUCAGUUGAAGAUCAUCAUUUAGCACUGGCCACAUCUAUGCAGAGAGUGUCUAUUAAGCCUUGUCAUACAUAUGAAUACAUUGUUGAUAGAUCAGGAGGUUUUAAGAAUGUCGGGUUUAUUAUGAAGGACUUGUACAACAAGUUAGAUUCAAGACGUCGAGAAAUUUUACUUGAGGGUGAUGCAGAAGCUGCACUUGCAUAUAUGAGAGGCAAAGUUGCCACAGACUCGCAUUUCUACUGCAAGUUUAGCAUAGAUGAAGAUAACAGGUUGGCGAAUAUGUUUUGGAGAGACUCUAAUUCUCUGGUGGAUUAUACUUGUUUUGGAGAUGUCCUGGUGUUUGAUAGUACCUACAAAACCAAUCCUUAUGAGAAGCCGUUAGUGUUGUUUGUUGGUUCAAACAAUCAUUUAUCGACCACAGUUUUUGGUUUUGCAUUACUCAUGGAUGAAACGAUUGAGACUUACACAGUUACACAUGGGUUUUGGAGACCUUUAUAUCGUCUAUGAAUAAUAAAAGGCCUAUUGCUGUUUUGACUGAUGGGGAUAAAGCAAUGCGAAGGGCUAUUGAAGUCGUACUCCCUGGUUGUCAUCAUCAUCUGUGUACGUGGCACAUAGCAAAGAACGCCCGGAGGCACCUGCGUAAGAAUAGUGUCUUUUCUGAAUUUAGACGUUGUAUGUGUCUUUUCUGAACAAAGAAAAGUACAUAUCUGGAUGUGUGUUGUUCUUCCAACUAUAUUAUUAUAAUGUCAUCGGAUAUGGAAGGGCACUUGUUGAUUGUGAGACGCCUUCAAUUGCAGCUUGGGGAGAGGAGCAAUCAGCAAAAUUAAUUAAAUGGAUAUUGCGUAAAGGGGGUCAUGAAAGUCCAAACAUUCUGGUUUCCAAAGUUUAUAAUUCAAGUGAACAGAAACAUGAGGCAGAAAAUGUUGUUGCCCUUCGAGCUGAUGUUGAAUCCGUGAAGAGUACCAUUAUGCGUGUGGAGGAAAAGAUUGAUGAAUUGGGAGGUCUUCUUAGAGGGAUAUAAGAAGGAUUGUUCAAAGUAGUGAGACAAGAUGGUGAUCAGGAUGUCAAUAUAAAAAGGGACGAGGCUAAUCAUGAAAGAAAGACUGUAGAUCUGUCAGCAAAUGAUACUAUUAGGCAAAACCAUCAAGAAAGUGAUGAUUUCAAAACUCAGAGUUCAAAAGAAGUUGAGGUUAAUGACGAAUCAUCAUGCCAAAUACAAAGUGACGACAACUCUGAGGCAGCACAUCCUAAGAUUAAGGAAGAAUUUGUCAUAGGCAAAACAAUCAGGACGGACACUAAAUCAACUAAAUUCAGUCCGAUCAAUACGCGGCUCACCGCUGAAAGGAAGCCAAGUCAAGCAAUAUCAGAUCCAUUUGUGAAGCUUGGGUUCAAAUUAGAUGAUGAGCAAAUGGACGAAUAUUUGCAUGGGAGAACCCUAAAUUUGAAGAGAAUUGGUGAAUUCAACGGUCCUUUCGAUUUUGACGAUGAUGAUUGUGAUUUGCUGAGUUUUAUAUAUGAAAAAUUAUAUAUGAAAAAUAUAAAAAGGACUUUAUGGUUUUCCAAACAGACGAUAGCUUCCUAAACCGUGCUGAUAUGAGAUGCUUAGAGCCCGGUCAAUAUGUC